AAGCGGCGGGUCUCCGAGCCUCUGGCGGCGGGGUGAGGCCCCGGAACGCUGAACGCGAGGUUGCGGCCCGCGAGGGUCGUGUGCUCAUGCUACACCGCUCCGGGCGAGAACUGCCGGCCGCUUCCGGCGUGCUGGAAGAAUGUGGUCGCAGUGCCGGGUGCUUGGGUCCCAGGCUUCGGCCUUGGUACGGUCGCGGGGAACCCGGGCCUACAGCGGGGACGGGGGCGUCUCCUACACGCAGGGCCAGAGCCCCGAGUCCCACACACGCGAGUACUUCUACUACGUGGACCAUCAGGGCCAGCUUUUCCUGGAUGAUGCCAAAAUGAAGAACUUCAUCACCUGCUUCAAAGACCUGCAGUUCCUGGUCACCUUCUUCUCCCGUCUGAGACCCAACCACAGCGGGCGCUACGAGACUUCCUUCCCCUACCUCUCGCCCUGUGGCAGGGAGCGCAACUUCCUGCGUUGUGAGGACCGGCCGGUGGUCUUCACGCACCUGCUGGCCGUGGGCAGCGGGUCCCCGUAUCUCUCUUACUGCGGCGGCGGCGAGGCCCUGGCGGUGCCCUUCGAGCCGGCGCGCCUGCUGCCUCUGGCCGCCAAUGGGCGCCUGUACCAUCCGGCGCCGGAGCGUGCGGGCGGCGUGGGCCUGGUGCGCUCCGCGCUGGCCUUCGAGCUGAGCACCUGCUUCGAGUAUGGGCCUGGCGCGCUCACGCUGCCCUCGCACGUGCGCUGGCAAGGCCACCGCAUCGCCCUCACUAUGGACCUGGCCCCGCUGCUUCUGUCGGCUCAGCCUUCCUAAGCCACGGGCGGGAGAGGGGCGGGAAGCGGCAGGACCCCAGCGUCCUCGUCCGCUCCCCGGGUACCCCGGUGCCCCCUCCGCUCUCCGGCACUCCCUGGCGCCUGUAUCCGGUUCUCCUCCCCUGCGACCCGGAGCCCUAGUUGCCUGCAUCCCACCGGCCGAGCGCGCGUGCGCGCUGCGGCGCCCUAGGCCCCGCCCCGGCGCUGUCCAGGGUGCUGCUGCGGCCCAGGAGUCCAGGCCCUUCAGUGCUCCCAGCCCCUGGCGUCCUUGGGAUUGGCCUGCGUCCGCGA